AUGUAUCAGGGAGACUCCCCACACUUCCUAUCUCGACUUUUCGAUAACCUACAUGCAGGUGAUCAUAAGCAAUUUGACUGUGAAGACAUUUUUACUGGAGCCACGGUUACCACAUAUGCUGAAAACAUUGAUCUCAUCCAAGCCAUUCCUGGUGUAGCCAAUGUGUGGCCUGUCACAACGCUGUCAACCCCUCGUUCGCCCGAUCUUACCAAUGAAAUCAACGGAAAUCGGCCAGUAAACUACUCAGUCCAUCAUUGGACCGGAGUAGACAAGCUUCACGAGGCUGGAAUGAGAGGAAAAGGCGUCAAAGUCGCGGUUGUGGACACCGGAAUCGACUAUUCCCACCCGGCGCUUGGCGGCUGUUUUGGCCCCGGAUGCAAGGUUGCCGGGGGAUAUGAUCUUGUAGGACCGGAAUGGGAUUCUCGUUCUGAGCGGACUCGCCCUAAGAAACCCGAUAAUAAUCCCAUGGACUAUAAAGGGCAUGGGACUCACGUCGCUGGAAUAAUAGCGGGUGAAAACGAGUGGCUAGUUUUGCUUAUACCGAACUACCUUCCGGCGAAUAUUGCUGAUAGUUUUCGGAACAGGUUUACUGGGGUGGCCCCUGGCGCAGAACUCUUGAUAUUCAAGGUCUUCUCAGAUGAACCACAGGAGCCUAUCCCAUCAGAUACAACCGAAGACGUCCUUAUACAAGCCUUCUGUGACGCAUAUACUGCUGGCGCCGAUGUAAUUACGGCCAGCGUCAACCGACCUGGUGGAUUUAGCGAUAGUCCGUGGGCUUUGGUUGCCAACCGAAUUGUUGAACGUGGGGUGUUUGUAUCUAUCGCUGCAGGAAACGAGGGAACAAGAGGGCCGUUUUACUCUGGAGUAGGGUCGAACGGACGCCACGUCGUCUCGGUGGCAGCCAUUAAUGCCACAGGCAAUCCACUGAUAUCAGAUCCAGAUUCAAACUCAGAUUCACAGCAUAGACCAAUUGCCGCAUACUUUACUUCCUGGGGGCCAACAAACGAACUUAUCAUGAAACCAGACAUCGGGGCACCUGGGUACAACAUUCUCAGUACUUACCUUGACCAAGGAUUUGAGACAGACAGUGGAUCGUCUAUGGCGGCACCGUACAUCGCUGGCAUCGCAGCUUUGUAUAUCGCACACCAUGGUGGUAGAGAGCUCCAUGGCCCAAGCUUUGCAAAAAAACUGGCUCAAAGAAUUGUUGCAAGUGGUCGAAAUGUUGCUUGGAGUGCAGGCGACGUUGUUUUCAACGAAUCUGCGCCCCCUUUCCAGGUCGGGACGGGGCUAGUGGACGCCUGGAAGGUAUUGAAUUAUACCACGCAAGUUUCAUUUGAACCCAUCUCGCUUCUCGAUACCGAGUUGUUCCAAGCUGAGUGGGACAUUGAAAUAACGAAUAACGCGAACCAAACAGUUAUAUACACAUUUGCACACGAGUCUCUUCCAGGAGUAGAAAUAUAUGAUGGAGUCAGCGAUAUUCGCCCUUUAUCUCAACUACAGCCUCUCAGAAUCGUGCCAGGCCUUUCUCUCCCUCCAAACACGACCCUUCACUCUGGUCAGACCAAGACACUCAGAGUUAGAUUUGAGCUGCCGGCUGGGGCCGACGAUGACAUGCUUCCAUUAUUCAGCGGCAAAAUAUGGAUGAAAGGCAAUAAUGGCGAGCAGCUAUGCAUUCCAUACGGAGGGGCUGCUUAUGAUACCGAGAAAGCAUUUGACACCAUGUUCGAUGGUGCACCUAUGAUAGACGGUUGGCGCGACGGUGCUACGUGGUCUUUUGACCCUGCAAAAACGCCUAGCGACUUUGCCGAUGUAUCCAGUCGACUCAGCUACCCCUGUUUUCAUCUCCGCUGGGAUAUUUUCGACGCUGGUUGGACUGAAUCACAAUGGCGAUUCCCCCCCGAAAUUGGCAAAAGAGAAUAUGUUGGGUCUGCCACUUCAGUGCGUGAUUCGGACAAGUUCUUAUGGUUCGAUGCGUCAGACGUCGACAUAAAUGACACAGUUUCAUUCCCUCUGACUCGAAUACCCCGAGGAUAUCAGCGAUAUUGGUGGUUCGGAAAAUUGUCAAACGGCACACAGAUAUCUCCAGGCAACUACACGUAA